AUGAACUUCGGCCGUCUUCUAUUGUUUUCCUCUUCUCAUCUUUUGAAGAGAACGAUCGCUGCUCCGGCUAGCGUCGAGAAUUCUCAUUUCUGGAAGAGGGCAUGUACAACCAUCGCCGGUCCUGCGCUGGCUAGGACCGAGCCCUCUGUUGCUCCUCCAUCGGCAGCGGCUGGCGUCAGGGCUGAUCUAUUGGUGACAAGCGAUGGAUCCUCAGAAUCUGCUCGGAAGGAGAAGGCCAAGGAGGCAGCCAAAACGCAGAGGAAGAAGAGGAUGAUGUUCGAGGAACUACUUGACAAUCUUGGAGCAACGAGAGUAAAAAAAACGUUAAAUGCGUUGAGCAAGAGGGAGAAGGAAUAUGGAGUUUCCAUCACUCAAGCAGAUCUGGUUCGCUGGGCUAAGCGUCUGGACAAGGAUGGAAAACAUCAGCAAGCCUACGAGAUGUUUAAGUGGAUGGAGGCAAAGAAGAUGACAUUUUCUCCCUCCGAGCUUGCAACCUUUGUGGGUCUAAUUGAAAAGACUAAAGACUUAGGUGAGGCUUUUGCCUACUUUAAGAAAGCAGACCCAGACUUCGACAACAUGGACAUGAAGUGCAAGAAUUGGCCUGCUUACCAAGUGCUCUUGGAAUGCUACUUUGCAAGAGAUGAUCAUGCCGCUUUUACUUGA